UGGCACUGGCACCGGGACAGAGACGCGGCACGAUGGCAGGCAGGGGCGAGCGCGCGGAGGGCUCGAGCCGCUACUUCCAGCGCACGAGCGGCCUGCCCAUGGCCCUCGUCGUAGUCUCCUUCGGCUACUUGGCAUGUGCAGUUUUUUCACCUACAAAAAUACCAUAUGAAAGCCUGGGACCAUUGGGCCAUCUUACUAAAUAUUUAGUUGACAAUCACCACAACUUGCUGUAUUAUGGGUUUUGGCUUGCCUGGGGACUUCACGGAGCAGAAGCCUUGUACAGUGUCAAGUUAUGCAAGACUAAAGGCAUCACUCAUGGCCCAACUCAGCUUCAGUGGUUCUUCCAAACUGCAGCUUUUGGGAUAGCUUCCCUCUAUAAGCUGCUAGAAUAUAAGCCACCAUCUAAGAGACAGGAAUAACAGACUGGACAAGAAGAAUGUAUGCUAACAUACUUCAUCCUCAUACCUCAGAAAAUGGAUCCUCCUCUUAGCUAUUUGGGUUGUGGACUAUCAGAAUGCAUUCCCAGUGAGACUCAGUGCACUCUUACCACGCACCUCCUUGCACAUCAUUAAAUGCUAAGUCUCAGGUGAAGGGCUCCUUGGAUGGCCCAAGAAGUGAAUAAUUGAAACAGAACCUCUUUUGUGUAACUGCACAGUUCUUUCUAGGUGGAAUCACUGGAGACCAAAACUAGUUUUCCUCUAGUCUAUUUAGCAUUAUAAGCAGUGUAAUAAUAAUAAAAAAAAGUACAAAAAAAGUUCAUAGUAGAUGCCCCUUCCCCUCCCACUGGGUGGUAGCAGUUACUAGCAGACCUUUCUACUUGUAAACGCUUUCCUUCCAAAUCAGAGCACUUAACGCCAGUCAGCUUGUAGCAGUUCACUACUAGAGCUUCAUUCUCUUUUCUUCAGUGUUGCACUUGUCUUUGGUUAGUGCUAUCCAUCAAUCUGCUCUGACCAGUUUCUUUUUCUUCCAUCUUCCACAAAGGUUAGAGACCAUAAGGCUGCAGAAACACUAAGAAGCAAAAAAAUUAUACCAUAGGAUGAGGUGUGGCAAUGAGGCAGAGUACAUGACAAAACACUUCAGCAUACUCAAUUAAAGAUUUUUAAGAAUUCUGUUAAAAGGCGCUUGCCUUAAACCUUGCACACCAUACAUUUGCAUUUUGUACUUGUUUAUUCAGGUUAUUGAAUUCAGCAGCCAAGUAUAAUUUGAAGGGUGGGUACUGCUUUUUUCUGACAAAGUUAAUUCACAUAUAUAAUAGUUU